UUGGGCUAGCAAACCUGGAGUCAGGAGAAGCUAGGGCUCAGGAAAAGGCAGGAAGGUUCUAGAAGAGACCAGACCUUGACUGUUGACUAGUGGGUCCCUAAGCUGGAACCUGGAGGAGGGUGGACCCAGGUUUCCCUGCCAGCCACUGAGAGAGUGGCACGAUGAAGCAGUGAAUGGGAAGACUGCCUAGGGCUGCUGGUAAAGACAGACUUUCCCACCCCGGGAGGGGAAAAUGCAGACAGUGAUCUGGCUGGAGGGCUGAGUCUCAAAGAGGCAGUAGCAGCUUGUGGAGCGAGAGAGUCGUGUGCAACUGUGGGAAAGGGUGUUGACCUGGUGAGCUAUUCCCCACCAUGAACAGGAGGAAGUGCCAGUCUAGUGCCAACCUUGCCACUACCGAUAUCAUCUUCCUGGUGUGCUGCGUGCCGUUCACUGCCAUGCUGUAUCCCCUUCCUGGCUGGAUCUUCGGGGAGUUCAUGUGCAAGUUUGUCAAUUACAUCCAACAGGUCUCUGCGCAGGCCACCUGCGUCACCCUGACGGCCAUGAGCGUGGACCGCUGGUACGUGACCGUGUUCCCGCUGCGCUCCCUGCGCCAGCGCACCCCCCGCAUCGCCGUCGCCAUCAGCCUGGGCAUCUGGGUCUGUUCCUUUAUCGUCUCCGCCCCGGUGCUGAUGUACAACAGGUUGACAGAGGGCUACUGGUUCGGGCCGCAGACCUAUUGCAGUGAGUCCUUCCCCUCCGCCUCCCACGAGAAGGCCUUCAUCCUUUACAACUUCCUGGCCGUCUACCUGCUGCCUCUAGUGACCAUCUGCGUCUGCUACGUGGCCAUGCUCUACCAGAUGGGACAUCCCACCGUGGAGCCCAUCGAUAACAACUACCAGGUGCAGCAGCUGGCCGAGCGCUCCGAGGCGAUGCGGGCCAAGAUCUCCCGCAUGGUAGUCAUCAUCGUGGUACUCUUCACCAUCUGCUGGGGGCCCGUGCAAUUCCUCAUCCUCGUCCAGGCCUUCAGCCCCAGCUUCCAGCGCAACUACUACAUCUACAAGGUGAAGAUCUGGGCCCACUGCAUGUCCUACACCAACUCCUCCAUCAACCCCAUCGUCUACGCCUUCAUGGGCGUCAACUUCAGGAAAGCCUUCAAGAAGGUCUUUCCCUUCAUCUUCAAGCAAAAGGUGGGCUGCACCAAUGCAGGCAACGCCAACAUCAACACCGAGAUGCACUUUGUGUCCUCGGGCACAUAGGGGGGUGGACAUGCCCCUCCCUGUCCAGAACGUGAGACCAGAUGACCCUCUUUGCUGAUAAGAACGUGAAGCUCGUAGAGCCUUUCAUCCCAAAGUGCUUUACAAACCAUCUCACCCACCAUUGUAAUGCAACCACCUCUGGGGUGGAAGGCAGCAGCUGUUCAUAUAGCCCAGAGCAACACUGCCUGGCAGUUUAGGACAGGAAGUGAAGGAGGACACUCCGAAAGGGGAGGUAGGCAGGCAGUAUGUAAUUACCCCAAGGAGACCGGGGCUAAAUGGCUAAACCACUCCCACUAAAAAUGGCCUGGGACUUUUAACCCCCACAGAAACCGAACCUCUGCUUUUCCUUUGAAAGAUG